GCGGUAGCGAAUAGGGCUGAACAUGCACGGAGGAUCCUUACUUGGAUGCAGACUCUGCUUUGAUGUGAAGGGCAAAGCGAGGGGAUUCAAUACCUCUGCUUGCUGAUCUGGCUGUUUACUAGGUGCUGAGUGUAGCCGGUAUGAAUGAGUGGCAAAAGAAAAGCCCUCUAGACUGGGAGACGUAUGUGAACAAAAGGGUGAAAGUUGCAGCAGAUGAGAAAAAUGAAUACGAAGGAUGGGUCGUAACAGUUGAUCCAGUUUCUGCCAGUGUCGUCCUUGCAAACUUCCCGGAGAACGAACCGGUGUCCAUUUCAGUUGUGUUAGGCCAUGCGGUCCAGGAGGUCAACGUAACGCAAGACGCGGAUGAUGAAAUGAAGGCACGGCUUUCCCGCAUAUUUGAGCCUGAGGAAAGCAAAGCUUACAGCCCAGAGGAGCUCGACAAGAGGAAGAACGACUUGAAGAAGUGGCUGGAAACAAACCACAUCCCCGUAACAGAGCAAGGCGAAUCGGGAAGAACGCUGUGCGUGGCAGGGGUGCUCACCAUCGACCCGCCGUACGGCCCCGAGGAGUGCAGCAGCUCCAACGAGAUCAUUCUGUCUCGGGUUCAAGGCUUGGUACAGAGCUACCUAGACAAGCAGCAGUGACGCCUGCCUAAAGCAGCUGGGCCUGCCCACCCCGCCUCACAAACUGCUCUGGGCGCCCGUAUCCGCUCUACCCAGGAGUGCUGGGUAUAGGUGCCUUUGUCUGGUUUUCUGUGCUUUAAGAAAGGACUACAGCAAGUGGUGCAAACAAAAAGCACCGCUGUGUUUAGUUCAAACAAAUGGAUAACACGUUAAACAGCUGUGUCACUGUGGGUUUUUUAAUCAGCGUUGUGAAGUAUGGUAGAUGAGAAACAUAAAUGGUAUUCCUCUGACUAA